CUCUCACACACACACACACACACACACACACACACACACACACACACACUCACUCUCACUCACUCAGCGGCCCUCAAUGGACCGAAUGAUUUCAGCGCUUUAACGUUUUUUACCGCAUUAGAACUGAAUCGUGCACGAAAUCGGGAGCGGAUUAAAAAGUGAUUCUGUGAAGACUGAAUGAAGGAAACCUUAAAGAAGGAGAGACACCGAGGGAGAGAGAGAGAGAGAGAGAGACUCUCACACACACACACACACACACACACACACACACACAGACACUCUCUCUCACACACACACACACAUACACAUGACACACACAUGACACAGAAGUGUUUAAUUCACACACACACACACACACACAGGUUGAUGAACAUUGUGUUAAUACAAGUCCAUAUUAACACCCAGGGGUUCUGAGCACCAUCAUCUGGGCCACACAUCUGGAACACAUCUGCAUUUACACUUUAUUUAAUUCUUUAUUUAUUAAUCAUUAAUACCUGAGUGAGAGGCCAUGCGGCGGGUCACGGCACCAGGAGUGAUCAGGUUCGUGGUGGCGGUGGUGUCCAUACUGGCGGACCUGUACCGGGCUGAGGGUGAUGUGGUGAACCUGUCAGAACGUGUGAUCUGGGCGGUGAACGCAGGAGGAGAAGCUCACACUGACACACACGGCAUUCAUUACAAAAAAGACCCACUGGAAGGCAAAGUGGGAAAAGCGUCAGAUUAUGGGAUGCGGUUGCCAAUCCUGCGCUCGAGUCCGGAGGAUCAGGUGCUGUAUCAGACAGAGCGCUAUAACGAGGACACGUUCGGGUACGAGGUUCCGAUGAGGGACGAGGGGGAGUACAUCCUGGUGCUGAAGUUCUCUGAGGUGUAUUUCGCCCAAUCACAACAGAAAGUGUUUGAUGUGAGGGUUAACGGCCAUGUGGUGGUGAAGGAUUUAGAUAUUUUUGACCGCGUUGGUCACAGUACAGCUCAUGAUGAGAUCAUACCAUUUACUAUAAAGAGAGGAAAACUCAGUAUACUGGGGGAAGUUUCCACCUUCAACAAUAAACUAAUCAUCGAGUUUAUAAAGGGUUACUAUGACAAUCCGAAGGUGUGUGCGCUGUACGUGAUGAAGGGGAAACCUGAAGACGUGCCAAAGCUGCAGCCUCACCCUGGCCUGGAGAAGCCUGAGGAAGAUGAAGAAGAGGAAGAGGACACUGAGGGGGGUGAAGAUACUGUGAAGAAGGUCAUGUCCCAGACUCUGAAAAAACAGGUCCGGUCUGGGCCGAGAACGCCAAACCCCUACGCGGCCGAUAACAGCAGCCUGAUGUUCCCUAUCUUAGUGGCCUUCGGAGUGUUCAUCCCUACACUGUUCUGUCUCUGCCGCCUGUGAGAGAGAGAGAGAGUGUGAGAGAGAGCGAGAGAGAGAGACAGACAGACAGAGAGAGGGAAGGGGAGGGGUGGACUGAUUCAUCUGGUCCAACAGGAAGUGGCGGGGGGGGACAUUGUCUCACACUGCUUUGUGAUUGGUGCAGAAAGCCGAGCCAGUGAGACUCUGGUUUAAAAGAACAGUCUUGUGUGGUUUCCUUUUUUACCUUCAGUUUCAUGUGCGGUUUUCUGCUUUAGUUUUACACUGGAGCUACAAUGCUAAAUAAUGUCUGCUUAUGGCCACCAGUUUAGCCCGGUGCACCUCUUCAGUUAGCUAAGUGUUAAACAGCCUGAGUGUGAAUACACGUGCAGGUUUAACACACUAUGCUAAUCUGGUAGCUAUACACUUCCAUUAGCUGUUAGCUACAUUAGCCUCCAGUUGAAAAGUAUUUAAGCUCCAGCGUAUUACUCGUCAGCUAUGCAAUCGUUAAACCAGCAGGAAACGUGCAGUGUUUUUCUCCUCAUCGUGAUCAUGACAGCUGUGAACUUUACACAACUUUACACAAUUCUCCCUUUAGCCCAUAUUUUAUUCAUUUAUUGUUUUUUUUUUUUUUUUUUUUACAAAUGCAGCAACAGAAUCCCUGACGUUCCCUGGUGGACAAAAAGCCUAGAUACUAAACUCUAUGUAGUGUUAUGUAGGGAUUAUGGAGGUGAUUUGAGCUCCAUCUUC